AACGUUAUUCAAACCCCCCCCUUUCUACCGUUUUUCAUACCUUCAUUAGGUACCGCAUUCAAGUCGAAGUGUAUGAUGGCUAUAAGAAUGCCGUGUUUUUCCUUAAUGAUGCUCAAGUUAAGGAGGUGAUUAACUUGGCCCCCCCGGAUCUGUUAUUUCGUUUGGAUUGUGAUGUUGAUGUCGAUUAUCCGUCGGAGGUUGAGGAAAAAGUUAUAGGAAAAAGUAUGCUGUUCAAAGUUUCUAAGAUUCCUGGAUUAGCACUGAAGGGAUACCCUUGCUAUGAGGUUCUUCGAGUUUGUUCUGAUCAUGAGAUUAUCUCAGUUUUCAUUUCUCAGGCAAGAAGUAUCUCAUCAGUUAUGGUUACUGAUGGUGAGGGACAACACUCAGGUCAUGAUGGCAGUCAGGGGGAAAGUAACAGUGCUGGUGUUUCAAAAUUUGUGAAAAGAAAAUUGUUGGUUGGUGCAAGUGAGCUUAGUGAAGAUUCGGACCAUAAGUUAAUGAAGAUUGAAUCAAAGGUGGGGGAUAAAGGUGAAAUCAGUUCUCUUUCAGUGUCCAAUGGUGAGGAUGGUAUGUUAGGUGAAAUUAAUCGCCUAAAGGCAAUUAAGAUAUCUGAUGAUGGAUCUUACAACCAGAGUUCCUUUUUACCAAGCGCUGGCUUCAGUAAUUAGUGCAGACAUAAAUCAUUGUCUUAAGGUGUUGGCUCUAAGAAGUUUGUAACAAGUUGGUGGAUUUUGGUUGCUGAAUGAAGUCUCAAUGCACCUGGAUAUUUUGUGUUAGUAAUAUGUAAGACCCCUUUUUGUAUAUCUAUGUGGUCAUGGAUCUUAGUAUUAUAUUUAUGUACUUGUAAUAUUAGAUGCAUUUUGUUAUAACUACGUGUAUUGUGCUGAACUUCAUAAUUAUAUGGUAGUUUGUAUCAUUUUCAGAACUAUGUUAUGUAAAUUUCAGUCUAAUU